AUGGCUUGCGUGCAGUCUGUCCUCUGCAAAGAAGCGGCGCCGGGAUCCUUGAACCCUUUGCCGGGAACGGAGACGCACACCGUAGCUCAGGAAACUUGCACUUCGUGUGGCAUCGGUCAGCCCGAGGAAUCGGGACGGGUGGACAUUGACUUUCUGGAGGUGGUGAAAAGGCAUAUCCUGAGCAGGUUACAGAUGAGGGUAAGACCCAACAUCACCCAUUCUAUCCCGAAGGCGGCGAUGGUGACUGCGCUUCGGAAACUCCACGCCGGUAAAGUGCGCGAGGAUGGGAGAGUAGAAAUCCCGAAUCUGGAUGGACACGCGACCAGCAAUGCCAACGAAGUGCUGGAGGAGAGCUCGGAGAUAAUCAGUUUCGCAGAGACAGGUGUGUAAUUAUUGUAUCUUAUAGGCAGGCUACCGUUUACUCUAUUGUAUUAGAAAAAAACAAAAAUAAAACCACUUUUACGCACAGACCAAGCUGGGUCCGGUGCGUAACGUUUGGACUACACAGUUGAUCAAGGUGAUGCAGCGCAUCAUCCCCCGCCCCGCUAAGAGCAGAAAGUGUCUGUGAUUUCAAAACAAUACAUUCACAAAUUCCUUAAAGUAGGCACAGUUUUUUUUAAAUAUUGUGUAUUUGUAUUUAAAGGGUAGGGAGCAUGAAACCAGAAAUCAACUGAUGCGGGUUCAAUGCAUACAGGAAAAGUCAGUCAAAUAGCUUGAAAUAUAAUAAUUAUUAGUAUUAUUUGAAAUAUAAAACUAAACAAAACCAAAUGUUGCUUGUGUUUAUCAUUUAUAGAUGUUUUACAUGAUUAUUUUCCCCCCAACUGUUCUGCAAACACUUUUGGUUAUUUGGUAACCCAUUGCUGGUUAACUAGUGGACAGAACACAUGUUGGGUUGUUUUGACCCAGCCAGUUGGUUUGGGUGAAUAACCCAACAUGUUGGUUUGUUGGGAUUACACAAACAUGGGUUAAUUUAACAAUCAGUUGGGUAUUUUUUACACUCAUGCUGAGUGGACCUAGCAGCUGGGCCAUUUUUAAUGUAAUCCUCAGGUUAUUUUCAGGAGGCCUGUUUUAUUAGGGGCGUGGCUUUCAGCUAGAUCUUAUUGGCCACCCUUGAGUUUAGUUUAUUAGGAUCCCCAUUAGCUAUAGUCAUGGCUAGAAGGGAUCAAGGUUUUGUCAAAUUAACAGUUGCCUUUUUUGGCGUUUUAGCUAACCAUAACCCUUUUCCUAACCUUAACCUAAUUGUCUUAAUCUGCUACAUACAUUCUCCUAACCAGCUGCGUAAAUUCUCCUAACUUCCUACGAAAAGUCAAAUCUGACUUUAAUUAGACAAAAGCUGGAUCCCUUCUAGCCAUGGCCAUUAGCUACUGCACAUGCAGCAGCUACUCUUCCUGGGGUCCACAUCAGUGGAGGCUGCUGAGGGGAGGACGGCUCACAUAAUGGCUGGAACGGAGCAAAUGGAAUGGCAUCAAGCACAUGGAAACCAUGUGUUUGUUGUAUUUGAUACCAUCCCACCAAUACCGCUCCAGCCAUUACUAAGAGCCCAUCCUCCCCAAUUAUGGUGCCACCAACCUCCUGUGGUCCACAUAAAACCUACAAAUACAUGACAAAGUACAGAACAGUAAUAGACAAGAACAACAUAAAAUAUUAUAUUACAUUCAAAAUAAAAAUAGUUGUGUAUAUAGGAAAGACACCAAGAUUCAACAAAAAUACUAUUUACACACUAUUCACAUAUACAUAUUCAUUUUCUUGUAUACAGUACAGUUAAAUUAGAUCUUUAGAAAUAGGAGAGGUGCUGUGAUACAAUAUGUUUUUUUUAAAUCUGUGUUUUAAAGCUAGACUUGCAUUUUGCCUGAGUAACCUCUGGUGGAAGAGCAUUCCACGAUGACAUGGCUCUAUACAUAACUGAGCGACGCAUUCAAUCUGUUUUUGGUUUGGGUACCGUGAAGAGACUUAUAGUGGCAUGUCCGGUGCGGUAUGUCUGUUUGAAGUGUAUGCAAAUAGAUUAUCCAAGUGGUUAGGCAUUUCCAACACACAAAUGUUUCUUAAAAAGACUAGAAGAGAAGUAGUCAAUUUCUCCUCAACCUUCAACCAUGAAAGACUAUCAUGCAUGUUGUUGAUGUUAGUUCUGUGUGUGCAGUUAAGGGCAAGGUGUGCUGCUUUGUUUAGAGCCAGCUGCAGUUUUUCUAGGUCUUUCUUUGCUGCACCUGACCAUAUUACCGGACAAUAAUCAAGAUGGGACAAGAUCAAAGCCUGAACAACUAGUACAGUUGAUCUUUGUUUAAAAAACGCAGAACAUAUUUUUAUAACAGACAUACCUCUCCCCAACAACAACUUUGUCAAUAUGACUUGACCAUGAUAACUGACCAUCCAAUGUUAGGAGUUCAGCUUCUUCAACUUGUUCAAUGGUCACACCCUUCAUGCACAACUCCAGUUGAGGUUUAGAUCUAAGAUAAUACUUUGAACCCAAUACAAUGCUUUUGGUUUUAGAUUUAUUUAAGACCAGUUUGUUGUUAAUUACCCAUUCUAGCACUGACUGUAACUCCUUGCUAAGAGUCUCAGUGAACUCCCUGGCUGUAGGUGCUGAUGUGUAGAGUGUGCAAUCAUCAGCAUACAUAGUAAUUUUAGUUUCUUGUAAGACAAGUGGCAAAUCAUUUGUAAAAAAUAGAGAAGAGUAACAGCCCAAGGCAACUGCCCUGAGGGAUACCACACUGUACAUAUCUGAUGUUAGAGAAGCUUCCAUUGAAGAAUCCUCUCUGAGUUCUAUUGGAUAAGUAACUCUCCAACCAUGUGAUGGCAGGUGAUGUAAAGCCAUAACAAUUGAGUUUUUUCAAUAACAAUUUAUGAUCAAUAACAUCAAAGGCUGCACUGAAAUCUAAUAAUACAGCUCCAACUAUCAUAUUAUUAUCCAUUUAUUUUAGCCAAUCAUCAGUCAUCUGAGUCAGUCCAGCACAAGUUGAGUGCCCUUCCCUAUAUGCAUUCUGAAAGUCAGUAGUUAACUUGUGCUUUAAAAAAGAGCUUUGUAUUUGUUCAAACACAAUUCUCUCCAUCAGUUUACUAAGAACAGGCAGCAAACUGAUUGGGCGGCUGUUAGAACCAGCAAAGGGAUCUUUACUAUUUUUAGGUAGUGGAAUUACUUUAGCUUCCUUCAACGCCUGUGGACACACUCCUUUAGGCUUUGGUUAAAGACAUGGCAAAUAGGGGCGGCAAUACAGUCUGCUACCAUUCUCAAUAGUUUCCCAUCUAGGUUGUCUGUACCUGGUGGCUUAUCAUUAUUGAUGGAUAACAAUCGUUUUUCAAUCUCUUCCACACAAAUUUGACCAGAUUUAACAUUGCAAUCCUUCUUUUUCAUUAUUAGAUCUUCAAUACACAAAUAUGAUGGUUCACUGUUCAAUGUUGUCAUUUCACUUCUCAGUUUGUCUACUUUACUGGUGAAAUAGCCAUUGAAAUGAUUGGCUAUAUCAAAAGGUUUCGUUAUAAAUGACCCAUCAACUUCAAUGUUAAGUUGCUAAGUUUAGUCACAAAAUGUCUCAAUUUACAGUAUGUCGACCAAUCAGCUGAGCUGCCUGACUUGUUUGCCACUCUAUUUGCAUAAUUUCUUUGAACCAUAAAAUUCUUCAAUUCAUCAUCGAUCCAGGGGGCUCUAACAGUUCUCACAGUUAGUUUCUUAACAGGUGCAUGUUUGGCAACAAUUGACAAGAAUAAUCCUCCAGGUGUUGCAUCUGCGUUCUCCUCCUUAUACACAUCAGACCAACAUACAUUUUUCAACAAAAGAGUCCUCAGAAAACAUUUAGUAUGAUCUCUUAUAAAUAACUUUAGGCCCUGCCUUUGGUACUUUGGCUUUCCUUGUUAUUGCCACAAUGUUAUGGUCACUACAGCCAAUGGGAACUGAUAUUGCUUUGGAGCAAAGCUCUGUAGCAUUAGUGAAGAUAUGAUCAAUACAAGUGGAUGUCACAGAUCCAACACUAUUGGUAAACACUCUAGUUGGUUGAGUGAUAACCUGAGUCAUGCUACAGGUAUUAUUCACAUGAAGAAGCUUCAUCUUGAGAGGACAACUGUUAGUAUCAGAGACCUUAUCUAACAUCAUAAAUGUCAUUCCUGUUCAUCAUGUUACGUUUACAUACUACAAAUAACAUUUGUCCUUUUUUUUCUCUUCACAUUCUUCUAUAAUAUUAAGAUUAUUUAUUACAUAUUAUAAUAAGGUAUACCACCUUAUUCUAUCCCAACAACAGAUGAACAGGAAUGACAUUUACUCAGGUGGCUAAAAAUAACUAUCUGAAUGUCACGCCCCGACUAAACUAUGCCUCCAGUCUUCUGAUCUGACCUGCUAGGUCAUAUCUCAGUAACCCAGCAUCAAUAACCAGCAGUUUUUAAAGAAAACAACCCAACUAAGUGACCCAACACCUGCAACCCAGCAGUUGGGUCAACCAAACAACCAAGCAUUUGUUAGUGUGAGCAUAGAACAAGUGUGUCCUCAGGCUGAGGUUCCCACCCCCAGAGACUCAUAAAUAAUGUCACUAUAACAGCCUCAUAGCAUUCAUCUUCAAAACAACACACAAAAUCCAUAGUUUGCAUAGAAAAGAUUAAGGGUAUGUAUAAUAUCACAUUCACAUUCAAAAGAAUGAUAUGGGCAAUCCCAAAAAGAUUUGAAAAGCCCAUAAUAUUUUCACAUUAUUCACAAAAAGCUCUGUAACUUUGUACUGUACAUUUGUGUAGAUUCAGUUGGGUUGCCUUCCUUGUGCCUCAUUGCCCUCCUUGCCAGUUGGCAGUAUUACCCAGGGUGGUAGCUGCAGCCAGCUGGUCGUGGCACUGAGAAGAGCUCACACAACAAUUUGCUUAGAGAUGCUUAAAGGGGGACUGGAAAUGAUCAAUGAUGCCACCUGCUUAGGCCCACAUGUAUUCAGAUCAAACCUCUUAUUGCCUCUUAUUCUUAUAGCAGUUGAAGUCACCCCAGAUUUUCUCUAACCAGCUGUGCAUCUCUCCAACACAAUUAGUGUCAGUGAUUCGGUUAGCUGAUCAGAGAAAUGUUCAAAACCAACCCUGUUCUGCUUCUCAAAUACACUUAGAAAAAAAGGUGCUAUCUAGAACCUAAAGGGGUUAUUCGGCUGUUCCCAUAGGAGAACCCUUUUUGGAUCCAGGUAGAACCCUUUUGGUUCCAUGUAGAACCCUUUUGGGUUCCGCUAGUCCCCUGUAGCUCAGUUGGUAGAGCGUGGCACUUGCAACACCAGGGUUGUAGGUUCGUUUCCCACGGGGGGCCAGUAUGAAAAAUGUAUGCACUCACUAACUGUAAGUCGCUCUGGAUAAGAGCGUCUGCUAAAUGACUAAAAUGUAAAUGUAGAACUCCUUUCACAGAGGGUUCUAUAUGGAACCCAAAAGGGUUCUUCUACCUGAAACCAAAAAGGGUUCUACCUGGAACCAAAAAGGGUUCUCCUAUGGGGACAGCUGAAGAACCCUUUGGAACCCUUUUUUCUAAGAGUGUACAGUCAAUCUAAGACACCUGAUGAAAAUCUAAUGUUCACCCAUGCUGAGUAUUUCAUCUGAAUGCCACCCAUAUACAAUGAUUCUACUGUGAUCUUCUGUUGAGAAUCCUGGUACCAGCUAUAAGAUGACCUGAAAGCAGGGCUGCUUUAGAAUGGCUCUACAUCUACAUAAGGUCAGCGCUUUGUGUCAGGACCAUGCAUGCUGAAUGUAGAGUGAACUGGAAUGGUGAACUCACUGCCACUCACUGUUCCGUAUUAGAAUGCAUGGUGUGAGGGACCAUCUCCCUUAUAUAGUCCUAGAGUGGGACUUGGUUGCUGCCUGCACAGUACUUAUGGACUUCAUCAUGCUUGUAUGUUAGACCUUGUAUUUGCCGUUGUUGUGUACGGUUACUAAAGCAGUUGCCUGACAAAGAUGAUAUCACUAUCGCUGACGUGGCAUCUAAAGACACUUUCUCUGCAACUCUAUUUCUGUUCCUGAGAAAGAUUUUUUAAAAAGACUCCUGCACACUGCAUUGGUGCUCUCAUAAGUUCACCUGACAAAUCACUUUCUAAUUGGAUGUGUCUUUUUGGGGAGUAUUCUGUUGUUGAGUAUCCUGUUCCAUCUGAGACAAUUGCCCUCUUUACUCACAGAGUGAAAAAUGGCUCCCUUAGGUUUGUUUCACAAAGCCCCCCCUCUUCCCCUGUCCCGUUGAAAGAAUAAAUAACUGAUACAGUAAUAUAUCAAAGUCAUCCAUCCAUAAACAGAAGAUAGAAUAGAACAUCCAUUUCAACCAGGAGACAUUAGGUCUUAGCUUUUUGCUUAUUGUUGGUCAUAGGGAUGUAGCUCAGUUGGUAGAGCGUGGCGUUUGCAACGCCAGGGUUGUGGGUUCGAUUCCCACGGGGGGUAUGAAAAAAGAAAAAAAGAAUGUAUGCACUCACUAACUGUAAGUCGCUCUGGAUAAGAGCGUCUGCUAAAUGACUAAAAUGUAAUGUAAUGUCUUGACAGCUGUGCUGCCACCCAUGGCCUAGUGCUAGGACAGUCAGAGUGUGGUCUAUAGCUGUCUGUUGACUAAGUCUUUGAGUUGAGAAGUAACAUGGAGAUUACCUGUCUUGUGUUGUGUGAGGCAGUGCAGAUGGAGACUGGCUGGGCAGGCCAGGGCGGCCUCCAUUGUAGCUGAUCCAUGAUGAUGAGGCCCAGGUAGGGUCCCAUCGCUUUGGGCGGCAGACAAGCAAACAGGCAGGCAGAUAGGCAGGCAGCACAGCUCAGUGUUCAGGUUGGAGAGGUGUCCCUUGACGUGUGUGUUUUCCCACUUUCCUUCACCUGACAGCUGCAUGUUGCUCAGUCAGUCACAGAGUAUUCAUGUAGAGUGUUGCUGAUGGGCUCUCAGGUUUAGACGUUUUUACUCUCACUGGAGGACUGGGAAGAAACCAUAUAUUUCAGUUACUGCCUUAGCUACUGAAGAUGUUACUGUCUCUUAGGUUUCUUUAGGUAGUUCAAGGUUCAGGUCUUGUCUUGAUCAACAAACUGCAUAGUGGUGCAGGGAGCCUGACCAGGCAAAGUCAGUGAGUGUGUAAGAGUAGGAGUUGUUUUGGUCAUGUCAUGUUUUGGGCACUGACAAGUGCAAGUUCAAUUUGAAUUUGACUUUUGACCCUGACUCUACGCUACCCUACCCUAACCCGAACCUGAACCUACCCACACAUGAAAACAAUAUGGCACAAACCAAAAAUAAGUAAACAUUGGCACGCACUGUACAGCCAGACACAGUUUCUGUGGUGAUAGUUGGGUUGUUGGAAAGGCCAGCUAGUUUCAUGUAAAUUGCUUUUUUUGCUUGAUCAUUAAUCCACUGUGAAGCUGUGCUCCUCUUCACUCAAUGUGCCUGGCUUUACUGUGCAUUUUCUUCCUUUACAUCACAUUACUGUGCAUUGUGUAAGCAGUUAGGCUCAGUAAGCUCUUGUUUUUCUGCAGUAUUCACAGCAAAGCCUUUGAGCCUUUGUACUUGGCUCUGAUAAGCCCUCUUCCCCAUACCCAGCCUGACUCAGGGCCAGAGGCAACUUCAAGUGGGCCUGAUCCCAGAUCUGUACUGUCAUUGUCACUGUCGAGGCUCUCUAUAGGCAAGGGCCAGAUGGAACUGAUUCCAGACCUGCUGAUGCUGCACUGUCAUUGCAGUCCCCAUGUAGGCCUACGUGACAAGACCAGGGCCUGUAUUCAUAAAGCGUCUCAGAGUAGGAGUGCUGAUCUAGGAUCAGGUCCCCCCUCUUAUUCAUUAUGAUCUAAAAUACAAAACCGAUCCUGGAUCAGCACCGUGAGACGCUUUGUGAAUACGGGCCCUGGAUCAAGAGGAGGCUGGUGUCUCUGUUAGAGCUGUCUACCAGUGUACACCCAUCCACCAAAUCCCUUUAGUACCAGUCCAAACUCUGUUUACAUCCCAGGCCAGAUAGAGAUGACAGUAAGACAGGCCAUAACAAGGGAAGCCAUAGUAACCGUCUAUCUCAAUUUAAUCCCAAAUUGUUGAACUGUUCCCUAUGUGCCCAGUUCUUGUCCAGCUAUUCAUCCAACAGUCCAAGCUUGGGACCACCCAGUGUGGUAGUAUCUUCUUGAAGCUUUGUCCAAUAUCAGUAAGGUUUUUGAAAGAUGGGUAUUUUUGUUAAUUAAUAGCCAAUGAAUCUGUGUGUUUGUCUCCUCUUUUAGCAUUGCCACACUGACCUUUUAAAGGUUUAAAAUUACUUUUAAACUGACCCUUCCCUAUUCUGUUCCUGUCUUUCCCAGAUGAGCUGGUAUCAUCCAAAUCCAGCCUGUUCUUCCUGAUCUCCAACGAGGGAAACCAGCACCUGUACGUGACCCAGGCCACCCUGUGGCUGUACUUCAGGCUGCUUCCUAACACCCUGGACAAGGGUCCGCGGAGGAAGGUCACAGUCAAGGUGUACUACCAAGAGCCUGGCCUGGGCAGCAAGUGGAACCUGGUGGAGAAGCGUGUGGAGCUGAAGAGGAGCGGCUGGCACACCUUCCCCCUGACCAAUGCUAUCCAGAUGGGGUUCGAGAAGGGCGACCGGCGGCAAAACCUGGACGUGCGCUGCGAGGGCUGCGAGGACCUGGCGGUCUUACCGAUCCUCAUGAACCAGAACGACGAGUCCCACAGGCCGUUUCUAGUCGUACAGGCCCGGCAAGCGGACAACAAGCACCGCAUCAGGAAGAGGGGGCUGGAGUGUGACGGGAGUAGUAGUCUGUGCUGCAGACAGCAGUUCUACAUAGACUUCCGCCUCAUCGGCUGGAACGACUGGAUCAUUGCGCCGUCGGGGUACUUUGGGAACUACUGCGAGGGGAACUGUCCGGCGUACAUGGCGGGAGUGCCAGGGUCGGCGUCGUCCUUCCACACGGCAGUGGUCAAUCAGUAUCGGAUGAGAGGCAUGAGCCCUGGCUCCAUGAACUCCUGUUGCAUCCCCACCAAGCUCAGCACCAUGUCAAUGCUCUACUUCGACGAUGAAUACAACAUCGUCAAGAGAGACGUACCCAAUAUGAUCGUGGAGGAGUGUGGAUGUGCUUGA